ACACACACACUUUUUUGGCCCCCCCACUUCUAAAAUGAAUCCGGCGCGCCUGCCUGGACCUCAUGUGUUCCUGCUGGUUCUACAGCCUGAAGACUUCACUGAGGAACACAAACAGAGACUCUGCACAGUCCUGGAACGCUUCAGUGAUCAGUCAUUUAAUCAUUCACUGCUGCUCAUAACACCACCCAGAGAGGAGGGUUCAGGUUUAAUGGAACAAUACAUGGGACAACCCCCAUUACAAGACAUGAUCAGAAAAUGUAGAUACAGAUACUUGAAGCGGGAGAACCUUCAACAUCCAGAGCUGUUAACACGCUUGGGUCAAACUGCAAAGGAGAACAAUGGAGAGUAUGUGAGCUGUGAUGUGUUCGAGGACACCAGGUCUUCCUUACCGGUUGAUCAUCAAAGUCAAAAACCAAAGAAAACAGGGAUUCAUCUCAUAGAAGCUGUUCAAGCUGCUGGUGUUGAACCAACCACUUCACCAUUGUUACUCCGAGGGUUGACCACUGUGACUAAUUCAUCUGCAUUCAGGAUUGUGCUAUUGGGAAAAGUUCUCCUGGACCAUGUCCUGCUGCUGAUGGUGAAGCCUUCUGAUUUCACUGAAGAGAACAGACAAACACUGAAGUUCAUCCUGAGUCUGUUUGGUCCAGAAGCUUUUAAACACUCAAUGGUCAUCAUAACCCACAAUGAGCUGCUUGAACACUGUGGAGAAAGACUCUACAACAUGGUUGACAACAACCGUGACUCAUUGAUGGAUAAGAUUAAGAAGAUAGUUCAUGAAAACAAAGAAACGUUUCUCACCUUCACUGAAGACAUCAAACCAGCUUUAAACCUGGUUCUGUGUGGGAGGAGAGGAGCAGGGAAGACUUCAGCAGCCAAGGCCAUUUUAGGUCAGACAGAGUUUCCUUCAGUCUCCAACUCCUCAGAGUGUGUUAAACAUCAGGGAGAGGUGUGUGGACGCCGGGUUUCCCUGGUGGAGCUGCCUGCUUUGUGUGGAAAACCUCAGGAGGAAGUGAUGGAGGAAUCAAUCAGGUGUAUCUCCCUCUGUGAUCCUGAGGGCGUCCAUGCAUUCAUCCUGGUCCUACCUGUGGGUCCCCUCACUGAUGAAGACAAGGGAGAGUUAGAGACCAUCCAGAACACAUUCAGCCCUCAAGUCAACGACUUCACCUUGAUUCUGUUCACUGUGGAGUCAGAUCCUCCAGCUCCAGCUGUUGUUAACUUGUUUAAAAAGAACAAGGACAUCCAGGAGCUCCAUCAGAGAUGUGGAGGAAGACAUGUUGUUCUCAACAUCAAGGGCCAGCAGCAGAUCCCAGAGCUGUUGAAUACUGUGGGGGAGACCAGAGUGGAAGGAUCCAGGUGCUUCACAAUGAAGAUGUUCACCAAGGCUCAGAUGACGAAGGUGGUAGAACUUAAAGCUGAACUGCAGGACGUUAAAAAGAAAAAUGAGAUGGAGAUUGAUGAAAGUCAGAACAGAGAGUGUCUCAGGAUAGUGCUGAUUGGGAAGACUGGCAGUGGGAAGAGUGCAACUGGAAACACCAUUUUGGGAAGAGAACAUUUUACAUCGACUCCAAGCACAGAAUCAGUGACCCAGAUUUGCGAAAAAGCAACAGGAGAGAUUGAUGGUAAACCUGUUGCUGUGGUAGACACCCCCGGCUUGUUUGACACGACACUGUCCAAUGAGGCUGUUCAAGAAGAGCUUGUUAAAUGCAUCAGCAUGAUGUCUCCUGGACCUCAUGUGUUCUUACUGGUGCUGCAGAUCGGCCGAUGUACACAAGAGGAAAAAGACUCUGUGGAACUGAUCAAGAAAUAUUUUGGCAAGAAAUCUGGAGAUUUCAUCAUCAUUAUUUUCACCAGAGGAGAUGAUCUUAAAAACAUAUCAAUCCAGAACUACAUAGAAAAGUCUGGUGGCUUUUUGAAGAAACUGAUAAUUGACUGUGGAGGGAGAUACCAGGUCUUCAAUAACAACAAUGAAACAGACCGCAUGCAAGUCAGAGAGCUGAUGGAGAAGUCCAACAAAAUGCUGAAGGAAAAUGGCGGCAGCUGUUACACCUCAGAGAUGUUCCAAGAAGCCGAGGCCGCCAUACAGAAGGAAGUGGAGAAGAUCCUGAAGGAGAAGGAAGAAGAGAUGCAGAGACAGAGGGAGGAGCUGCAAAGAAAACACGAAGAGGAAAUGGAAGAAAUGAAGAAUAGAAUGGAACAGGAGAGAGCUGAAAUUGAGCAGAAGAGAGCCAAACAGCUUCAAGAGAUGGAGGAAAAAAGGGACAAGGAACGAGAGGAGAGAAGGAUGGAAGAGGAACAGAGAAUAAAAGAGGACAUGGAGAAAAAAAAGCAGGAUGAAAUUACAAAAAAGGAAUGGGAGGAAAAACUUGAAGGAGAGUUGGAGCAGAGUAAAGAAAAGAUGAGAAAGCACAAAGAAGACUGGGAGAAGGAGAGAGAAGAAUUGUGGGAAAAACAACGUCAAGAAAAUGAAAAGAGACGACUUGAGGUGCAAACAAGAAUUCAGAAGUUGCAAGAAGAAUACAAUCAGGAAAGAGAGAAACAUGAGCAGAAAAGAAAAGAAGAAGAUCUAAAGAGAAGUGAACAGAAGGAGAAGGAGAGACAGGAAUUACAGGGAAAAUAUAAGAAAGAACUGGAGGAGAUGAAGAAUACAUUUGAAGAGGAGGCCAGAAAACAAGCUGAAGAAUUCAACGAGUUCAAACAGAAAUACACCAAGGACUUUACAGCCUUGCUGGAGAAGCACAUGGAGGCAAUAGAGGACCUGAAGAAAAAGCAUCAAAGACAAAUGGAAGAGACAGGAGAGAGCCAUGGCAAAGAGUACGAUCUGCUACAAGAUCUUUCCAGACAAAAACAAAAAAGUCUAAAAGAACAACUACAGGACAUGGAGAGAAAGCAAGAACAAGAAAUAAAUGAACUAAAACAAAAACACAAGUGUAUCAUCCUCUGACUGUUAUGUUUAUGCAUGGGUUUUGUUGUGUGAUUUCCUGUUUUGCUCCUUUUACCCCUCACUACUCUGUCUCUCCUUCUCUGCAGGGCUGGUGUGUGACAGGGGGCGUGGCUGGUAUUCUCCUGGCUGCAGAUGAGGCACACCUGUUCCCAUUCAGAUAAUCACCUGCUCUUUAAGAGCCUGGCCCUCACCUCACUUCUCUGCCAGAGAAUUAAAUGCUGUUCAACGAUCCAGAGUGCCUUUCUGCAGCCUUGAGUUUUGUUUUGUUUCUUUGCAGUUUUUGAGCUACUUUGCGAGUAUAGCCUGGGACGUUUCCCUCUGCUUUGUUUUUGGACCUUUCUGCAGCCAGCCAGCUCCCUGUUUUCAGUACCUGCCUUGGCCUAUUAUUUAUUAAACACCUUGAGCUUAA